AUGGCGGCAGAACAGAGAAAGCUCCUUGAGCAGCUCAUGGGAGCUGAUCAGCUCAUUGGAACUGGCGCACAGGGUCGCAAUUCCCAGCUGUCGAUCACAGACCCCAAAGUUUGCCGCUCCUACAUUGCGGGAACAUGCCCGCAUGAUCUGUUCACCAAUACCAAGCAAGAUCUCGGACCCUGCUCUAAGGUUCACAGCGAGGGGCUGAAGACGGAGUACGAUACUGCAAGUUCUGCGGACAAGGCGAAAUGGGGAUUCGAGUUCGAUUACAUGCGCGACAUGCAAAAGCAGAUCGAUGACUGUGACCGCCGUAUCGAUAAUGCCCAGCGCCGAUUGGAAAAGACCCCCGAUGAGAUUCGACAGACCAACGAUCUGCUAAAACAAAUCGCCGAUCUUUCAAACACGAUCAACUCCGGUCUCCUCGAGGUGUCAGUCCUAGGAGAGACAUCAGCCGUCUCGCUGGCCAUCAGUGAAAUGCACAAAGUGCGCACAGCCAAGCAUCAGAAGGAAGCCGUUGAGCGCGAUCUCAAGAAUCUGCAAGAUACUUCCGGCCCAUCAGGUCACCAGAAGCUGCAGGUCUGCGAUGUAUGCGGUGCAUACUUGUCUCGUCUGGACAACGACCGUCGACUCGCCGAUCACUUCUUCGGCAAGAUGCACAUGGGAUACUCGGACAUGCGCAAGAACUGCAAGAAGCUUGGCGCUGAGCUGAAGGGCCGCGCUCCGCCUGUGCGUCACCACGAAGAGGACGAUAACCCAUACACCUCCAAUGGUCGAGCUGGCGGUGGUCGGGGUCCUCGCUAUGGUGGUGGUGGUGGCGGCGGCGGCGGCGGAUACAGGCGCCGGGGUGGAAGAUGGUGA